AUGGCACAAGCCCAACCACCUGUGUAUACCAACUACCCAAACCUUUCCAUUACAAAAUAUGCUCUUCCGAAUGUUCCGAGUGGUCGGACUCUUUCCCCAAAUGUACAUCCACUAUCAGGACCUACAACUUUGGCUUUCACAGCAUUCGUUCCGGCUGCACCUCAGGAUGCACGUCCUGCUAAGUAUCCCCGUGACGGCCGAGGUGGCUAUGGUUUUUAUGGUGAUUUUGACCGUAGCGAUUCCAGUGGUCAUGACGGUCGAAAUUCCUUCUACAAUGAACGAUAUCGCAAGAAUAAUCAAAAACCCAAAGAGCAAAUUCUCUCUCACCGGCGUCUGCAAGCAAUAAUUCGAUAA